AUGCGCCUUCAAGCGCUGCUACCAACACUCAGGUCACGCCCAGUAGACGAGGAAAAGCUCAAGCAGCUCUUAAAUGCACUCAUAAAUCUCCGACUUGCCUUGCCACAAGAUGUCGUCCUUCGAUAUUCGGCAGAGCAGCUCUUUCAUCUGCUUCCUGUGGAUUGUAUCAGCCGAAAGCAGUGGAAUAGUCUCUACGAGGAGAUUACAACGUUCUUGGUAGCAGACGUCUCAAAAGGAGACGAGCUUUAUCAACAAGAAUUGUUGCCCCGAGCCUGCCAGAGUAGUGUAUGCACUCUAGGAUUACCAUCUAUAGAUUCUGCGAUCGAUUUACCCCAGGAUGGAGUCGUAGAGUUGGCUGGAUUUGCGGGCAGCGGCAAAACGGUAUUCUUGAACCACAUGGUUGUCAAGUACCUUUUAGACAAUGAAGACCGAUCAGUCAUGUGGAUUGAUACCUUGGGAUCCUUCUCUCCGGAGCUUGCCAGUCAGGUAGUGGAGCAGUUAAAAGCCAAGAAGGAGAAUGAUGCCCUCUUACGACUGCAAGUCGCAUCUUGCCCCGACUUGGCCUCGGUGUACGACAUUCUCGAAGGAGUGGAGACUCAAUCAAAGGACCAACAAAUCGUGGGCCCAAAGUUGAGAAUGAUUGUCAUUGACCCCAUCACGCCAUUGCUGGGACCAAGUCUUAGUGCAGUAUCUUCCAAAGGACAUGCCAUGAUGGUCACAUUCAUGAGAUAUCUCAUGUCGCUAGCAAAGCAAUACAGAAUUCUGGUGUUUAUAUCGAAUACUGCAACACGACCUCGUCCCAUUUCAAGUGCUUCCCUGCAGGACGCGAUAAAGCCGAAACCAUCACUUGGUCCAUCGUUUACGUACCUUACAGAUGUCUCUCUCUUUCUUAGCAAAGACGAGCAGAGACCAGGACCCGGUUCAAGGGACGUCUUCCGGCUAAAGAUAUUGAAGAGUAGAGGCAAGCAUUCUGGCGACGUGUGCCGGUUUGGAAUACAGAACGGAUGCAUCAUCACCGGCAAUGAUUUCGCGAGCUGGGCGGAGAUCGACGUCUUCACCUCUCAAAAGCCCGUCAAACUGUUUGCGUUUAUUCGUACCCUCAGACGUCCGCUCGUGACCAACACUCUUCGUAGUGCCUCUGUUUCUUGGACACUUGUCGAUUUCCAGUCGCGCAGAGCAUUUGGUAAUAAUUCACACCUAAAGAUGGCUCCAAUCCAACCACAGGGAGAAAAAGGUCGUAGCUCAAAGAUGCACUCCAAAGUUGUCAUCAUCGGCUCUGGACCAGCUGGACAUACCGCAGCGAUCUAUCUUGCGCGUGCAAAUCUCGAUCCAGUCAUGUUUGAAGGAUACAUGGCCAACGGAUUUGCCGCUGGUGGUCAGUUGACAACAACGACUGAUGUCGAAAACUUUCCUGGCUUCCCCGACGGUGUGCGCGGGCCCGAGAUGAUGGACAAAUUCCGCGCACAGUCCAUCCGCUUCGGCACCAACAUCAUCACCGAAACCAUCUCCAAAAUCGAUCUCUCUCAGCGACCGUUCAAGUACUGGCGCGAGGGCGAAGAGGAAAAGGAACCCGAGACGUGCGACGUCCUCAUCCUCGCAACCGGUGCGAGUGCGAAGCGAUUAUCUUUGCCUGGGGAAGAGACCUAUUGGCAGAGCGGCAUCUCUGCCUGUGCAGUCUGCGACGGUGCGGUUCCUAUUUUCCGUAAUAGGCCGCUUGCUGUUAUUGGUGGAGGAGAUUCUGCAGCCGAGGAGGCACUCUAUUUGACCAAGUAUGGCUCAAAGGUCUAUGUGCUAGUACGAAGAGACGAGCUACGCGCGAGUAAGAUUAUGGCCAAACGUCUCAUGAGCCAUCCCAAAGUCGAAAUCCUCUGGAGCACAGUUGCAACAGAAGCAUGUGGAGAUGGCGAUCUCCUACAGAGCUUGACAAUCAAGAACGUCAAGUCGGGCGAAACGUCAAAACUUCCCCCAGCUACCGCUCUCGUCCGUGGCCAAGUCGACACAGAUGCGGACGGAUACAUUAUCACUGUCCCGGGUACAACACAAACUAGUGUUCAUGGCGUCUUUGCGGCCGGUGACGUCCAAGACAAGCGAUACCGACAAGCCAUCACCUCUGCCGGCAGUGGCUGCAUGGCCGCGCUAGAAGCCGAGCGACUACUCGCGGAAGAGGAAGAGCUCACUGAAUGA